AUGGCUUUAGGUUUGAAGGAACGGAUAGAAAAGAUACUGGAGCCGCUGAAGAAUGAUGGUGUAACAACAAUUGUUCUUGAUGGUAUGCGUGGAGAAUGGAAAACGUGGACGGCAAGAGAGAUAAGCAUGAAGAGAGACUUAAUCCAUGACAGUCUAUGGGUGUAUCUGGAUAAACAAUAUGACAGCAGCUCUCUACUUGAGAACAUUGCCGGCCAGCUAUCUCUAAUCUCUAUUCAUGAGGAAUAUAAUGGUGACGAGGAGGAGGAGAACAUGAGGCUGGAAUUGAAACAAAGAAAAGCCAUCAAGCUUAAAGGAUUGAUAUCCGCAGCACAUAAAGAAGACAAAUAUUUUCUACUAAUUCUGGAUGAUGUUCCUUACGAGCAGUCUGUGAAAGACAUUAUCUCAGAACUGAAGAAGCUGCUGGGUUUGAAUGAUAUGAGUUCUUUUAAGGUUUUAAUAACUAGAGAUGAUGGUGACAAAAAGCACACCGCAGAGGAGGAGCAUGGAGCAAUUCAGACCAUCCACACAUGGCUGCACAGCAUAAACGUAGAUCAAUUGUCUACACAAGAGUCCAAGCUUUUAUUGAAAGAAAAUAUCAAGAAAGUAAUUUCCGACUCUCCGGGCUUUGAAAUGUUAUCCAAGGUGAUUGUGGAGAUGAGAAAGUCCAUGCCUAGUGAAAUCAUCGCAAUAGCAAAAGCAUUCAAUUAUGUUGAACAUAUUGGUUCUGGGGUUUGGUCAUUGGAAAGUGUUUCGGAAGCAGCAGCUGAUGAUGAGGGAGCUGCAAUAAAUCUGCUACAUCGUGCUUGGUAUGACACAUUGCCAAGCGGUGUUCGGGCAGACUGUUUUUGGCAUAGCAAGCAAUUUUUCAGCAAUAAUGUCUGUCUGCAUUACAAAGAGUUGAUCACUCAUUGGAUAAUGGAAGGGUAUGUUGGAUGCAUUGAUCAUAUCGAGAAAGCCUAUGAGCAAGGACAUCGCGUUCUGAUGGAUCUUAUAGAUCGUGGCAUGCUAAGACGCCAGGAGGAUAAUAUCAUGGAAGGAAUCUUUUCAAAUAUAGCUGAUCACCGCUGUCGUGGGUUUACUGGGACUGCAAGCAUGGGAUUGGUUAAUGUGUUUGCAAAUUCCAAGUGGGAAGGUCUUGGGAGGCUUACACACACUGAUGGUAUGAUAAAAUCGCCGUGCAGUGCUAAAACCUGGGGAAAAGUCUCUACACUUGUGAUGGAUGGACGCUGCCUCAGUAGAGAAGUCCCUGAAAAAUAUUUUCAACCAAUGCAGGAGCUCCGAAUAUUAACUAUAUUGAAUCCCAGGUUCAGAUCUCUACCCUUGUCCUUGACUAGCUUAAAGAACCUUUCUAUUCUUGUGCUCAGAUGCUGUGAUCUCUUAGAGAAAAUUGCUCGUCUCCGAGAACUUAAAAACUUAAAUGUUCUUGAGAUAUCUGGUGCAACCUGCUUGGAGAAAAUCGAUGACGAUCUUUUCACAGACAUGCCUCACCUUCGAAGCCUUAACCUUUCUGGUGCCAAUAUCAAAUCACUACCUGGAUCUCUCUUUCAAAAAACUGAACUACGGUGGCUCAUCCUUAGAGGUUGUUCUCAAUUGAUAGAGCUUCCAAGCUUGAAAUCAUUUGAAAACCUCGAGGUGCUUGAUCUUCAUGGUGCUACAUCUUUCAAAAAGUUUCAAGACAAAACCUUUGCUCCGCUUAAGAAACUUCAGUUAAUUGAUCUUUCCAAUUCCCAAAUUAGUCGCCUACCUUUUCUUCACAAUCUUGGUGAUCUCACUCGGCUUCUAUUAGCUGGUUGCGGAAGCUUAAAAAGACUGCCCAUCUUGAACACACUAACUCAGCUUCAAAUUCUUGAUCUUUCGGAUGCUACAAGUUUACAAGAAAUACAAAAAGAACCAUUGGAUGGCCUUAAAGUCCUUGAUUUAUCUCAGACUCAAAUUAGUGGUCUGCCUUCAAGUGUAAGAAACCUUUCUGAUCUUGUCUUAAGAGAUUGUUCUCAGCUUGUAAAACUGCCCCCCAUAGGAGCAACUAAAGAGCUUGAACAGCUUGACCUUUCCGGCUCAAGAAAUCUGGCUGAAAUUGAAGACAAAUCCUUACAACAUAUGAGGUUCCUUCGAGUUCUCAACUUUUCGAAAGCCAAAGUAAAAGAAUUACCAUCUUUGUCCAACCUAGUUAACCUUCGCCAACUCCUGUUAAUGGACUGUACGGUUCUAGAGAAACUGCCUGCGAUGGAGGGCCUUCUCAGACUCCAGGCUCUCAAUCUUUCUGGUUGUGUGGCAUUGGUUGAUUUGCCCCACCUGAAUGCCCUUGAAAAAUUAGAGAUUCUUGACGUUUCAGGUUGUACGGCAUUGAAAGGAAUACAUGAAAAGUCCUUUGAAAAUAUGUCAUGCAUUCGUACAAUCAACCUCUCAGACUCUAAAAUUGAGUUUCUACCUUCCCUUCCCAAAGCCAGAAUCUUAUGUCAUCUCUUACUCAGAAAUUGCAGCAACCUAAAAAAGCUCCCUCCUCUUGAACAUCUGUCAAAACUUGAGGAACUUGAUCUAUGUGGUGCCAUUUCUUUAGUUGACUUUGAAGCUGGGUUCUUGGAGCAUAUGCAUGACCUUAGAAUUCUCAACCUAUGUGGAAUCCCACUUACAAUGCUACCGUCCAUGUCCAGACUCACCAACCUCAGACAACUCGCACUAAAAGGUUGUUCGUCGCUGGAAACGGUGCAAAACCUUGAAGCACUAACACUGCUUGAGAUUCUUGAUCUUUCUGGAACAGCAAUUGGGAGUCUGCCACCUCUAAACACUUUUAGCAACCUCGUCCAGCUCUUGUUGAAAGAUUGUUCACGGAUAGAAGAGUUGCAGCUGCUAGGAUCACUUAGUCGUCUGGAGGUUCUGGAUCUUUCAGGAAACAGAAUGAAAAAAUUUCCCUAUGAGAUAUCUCAAUUGACUAGUUUAAAGUGCCUUUAUCUUCCAGAUGUGAGGAGUAUGCAUGAUCUCGAUGUUGGAAAGUUAGGGCGUAUACCACAAGAGGUCAACUGGGAUCAAUGUGGUAUCUUCGAGCAUGCUGAUAUCUUUUGUGACAAUGACAAACCUUCCAUAUCUGUAAGUGGAACGGAAAUUUUUCAGUUUUUGGACAAAAAUCCCAAGGUGUGGGAAACAAAGUUCAAAAGAUUUUGUUUCUUUGUAACCAAGAAGCAAGGUGAAGAUGGAGAUAUCAUCUGCUGCAAAGAUGAAAUUGUCAAAGAUGUGUACUCAAGCACCAGACACUUGUGUUUUCCUGAAGAGCAUGAUCGGUCUUUGGAAAUCCAUGGAUCAUAUAGUCUUCCUCAUGGUUUCGAAAGUGUCCUCAAGCAUUCCAACUGUAUAUCUUUGGUUGACAAUGACAUUAUAAGUUGCCUAUGUGAUUUAGGUGCUGACGUUGUGGAGGUAAUGAAGGGCUGUUGGAUAGAGAGAUGCAGUAAAAUUGAGAGCAUUCUCUGUGGAGACGAGGAAAAUGUCAGACUGGGGAGAAGUUUAGAGAUUCUAUGGUUUUCAAACCUUCCGAAGUUGAGAAGUCUAUACAAUGGGAAUGCAGAACCAAAGUGCUUUAAGAAUCUUAAACAUUUGUUUCUAGAUUGUUGUCCAAUGAUUGUGAAUGUCUUUCCCUCAUCCCAGCUUCCAGAAAACCUCGAAAUUCUCCAUGUGCAAUUUUGUUAUAGAUUGCAAACUUUGGUUGAAUGUGAUACACCAUCUAAGUAUACAUUAAAAAAGUUAAGGACAGUGUAUCUGUUGGAACUGCCAAAGUUGACGAGCAUUGGGAUUGAAUUGCCAGGUCUAGUGGAUGUUGAAGUUAUGGAAUGCCCUAAGUUUACGAAGGACCCUCCUGCUAUGGUCGACUAGGCCUGCAAGUAAUCCUCAACUGGGGCAAGUUUCCAGAUGCAGUUUAUGUUUUGUUUGUGAUUUGAUUGUGCUAUGUAAUUGAACUUUAUGUUUCCUGAGAGUAAGAUGAUUUAUGAAACACCCAAAUGAUGCAAUUGUUUUCCUUAAAAAAAAAUUUCUUGUUCCCAUACAUCUUUAUUUCAUUCGGCAUGGGUGUCAUGCAGUUGACAGAAAAGCAGAAAAUAUCUGUUUCUAAAUACGCAGGGUUUGGAUGGAACUCAGGUAAAUACUGUUUCAUUUUUCUUCUACUGUCAUUCCUUUUUUUUUUUUCCUAUGUGAUUUCUCUUCUCAAAUAUGCAGGGUUCCGAAUGCUGAGUUUUGUUGUUGCUGAUUUUUGUUCUUAUAAUGUCUAGUUAGAGGGACUGGAGUGUGUGCGUAUUUGUUUUGAAUGUCACGGAAAUAAAGUGCCUUCAUUGCAGACGAAAAGAUGGAAAUUGCAACAAAAGCAGACUAUGUCCUUACAUUUUACGACACAGAAUUGCAAGUAAAAUUCGUUUGCUUCUGAUGGAUAGCGAAUUUGUGCUCGCGACUCUCAUUUCAACAGCUUGUGCACAUUUUCGCCAGUUACCUUAACUCUGUUAAGUUCAUUACAGCUUUGACAUUUCCUCAUUCCAGCGUCAAAGAGGCUUUUGGCUGAUACGACAUUUGAUUCCUAGCUCUCAGGUGGC